AGUCGCCCCACAAACCAGCAGCCAGAGCCAGGCAUCAGACAUACUCGAGGUGCUAUCAGGACUCCAGUUGGUCGUAUCAUCUCGGUUCGUUCGCACGCUUUUCCAGCUUCGCUCCUCACUUUCUAUAAAGAAACAAAUAAAAUAUAGAAAAAUCGAGAGACUAACGAGUCUCUAACGACGACAACUUGCGACGACGACGACGUGUACAAUUUUACGUUCUAUAUUUUUUUAUUCUCCAAGAAGGAAGAACGUGUGCGUUGUGUCGUCGUGUUUUCUAACCAAAACCGGGUUAAGAUAAAAAUUCAAUGAUAAUGUUGUAAAUAGAUAAAAAAAAAAUACCAAAGAUUAAAAUUCAUUGAAAAAAAUUAUUUAGUGAAAAGUGAUAAAAAUGCGGUUGAUAGUGAAAAUGAAGUUGAAGAGAACGAGGACUUAUUUUAAUGCUUUACUACUUAUGCUGGUAUUAUGUGGAUUACAUUUGACUGAUGCUGCGAGACAAAAUCCACUGAAAAAUCCAAAAAUCUGCGGCCGUCCCAUAUGUGAUUUAAUAACAUCAAAAUUCGGCUAUACCGAUACAAAUCGCUACAAAUACGACUACAAUGUUCACCUUCGCACCGAAUUCCUUGGAACCGGUCAAAAUACCUCCGAUGUUUACAUUCAAACAACAGUCGAUCUCAUCUUCCCAAAACCAUGCGAAGGUGUAAUGACCCUCAGUGCAGUACAGCUGCGUGAAAAAAUCACCAAAGAAGAAGAACCCACUCCCAAACCAACUGAAGCCAAUACAUUUGUCGAUUAUUAUGACUAUACAAAUCUUGACAAAAGCUCCGAAGACGAAGCCGCCGUCUACGAUGUCAAUUUACAUCCCAACAGCACUGAUUUAGCUGUUGAUUUACAAAAAUACAACUUGAGGUUUUCAUUUCACGAUGGUGUGAUUAGUGAAGUUUGUCCAAAUACUGCCGAACCAGCAUGGGUUUUGAAUUUCAAAAAAGGUAUUUUGUCGAAAAUACAAAACACAAUGUUGAGAUUUGAUGUGGAUUUGAAUGCAACCGAAACGGAUGUGGCUGGACAGUGUAAUGUUGCUUAUGAAUUGGAAGGAACUAAAGAUGCUUUUGUGAUAAUUAAGAAAACUAAAGAUUUACAAUCUUGCCGUUUUCGACAGUCGACACAUUCGAUUUUGCAAACUACUCCGUAUGUUUUUAGAGAGGAUAAGGCUAUUUGGCCAAUUUUAAGCUCGCACAGUUAUUGUAAUCUAACAAUCGAUCGAAACAUUUACAGCGAGGUAAGUUGCUUCGAACGCCACCAGUUGAUUCCAUUCUCAAGUAACCAGUCAGGAGCCGUUACUGUAGCUCAUGCCAAGCUUCUCCUAAAAACCGAAGAAAAGUACAAUUCCGCUGAUUUUUUCACAUACGAAGAUGAAAACCUGAUAGAAAAACGAUCACCACUACUUUUCGAUCAUACUCCAGCUACAAAGCCAACUCAUGGUGAGAUAAGAGCUUCAAGAGAUUUGCUAAAACAAAUGUGUGAAGUCGGCUUCCCCAACAUUCAGCGAGAAUUCAUUGAUGUUUUCACCAAUUUUCUACAAACUACCAAGCAUUUGGACUACAAAGCUUUGACACAACUUUUAGCUCGAUCAGCUGGAAUUUGUAGUAAUGGAAAAAACCAUGUGCUCGAAAGUCUGCCAUAUAUUGGAAGUACAGCUUCUUAUCAGCUGAUGCGCGAUCAAAUCGUAUCGAAUACCAUACCAAAGCAAUUGGCUCAAAGUUGGAUGACUUCAUUGGCCUUCAUUCAGCGGCCAGACGAUGAAACCCUCGAGACCUUCUACACAAUAUUGGAUUUUUCGAAAAAGAAAAUCGAUGCUGAAUAUACUUUGGCUUCAACAGCUGCUAUUCAUAGUUAUUGUCGACAUAAUCCCGAUUGUGGGUCAAAUGAAAAAAUUCAAAAAAUUAUAAACCUUUUGGAGACUGAGUUUUUGAGCUUGUUUAAUAUGUACAAACACGAAAGACGUACACAUGAUCGGUUAAUGGUUAUUUUGAAAGGUCUUGGAAAUAUUGGAGUUCUAUCAGAGCCGUUUGCUGAACAACUAAAAGAAUUGAUUACGGAAAAUAUCACACCAGUUGAUAUUCGAUUGCAGAGUGUUUUGGCAUUUCGACGGGUGGAUUGUCAAAAAUAUAAAGAAUUUUUCUUAGAGACCUAUGGCAAUGUUACGAUUAAUAGUGAAAUAAGGAUUUUCAGUUAUAUUCAGGCAAUGCGAUGUCCGGAUCAUUAUUCAAUUGAUUUUAUUAAAGAGGUUUUGAAGAGGGAGGAAAUUAAUCAAGUUGGAUCGUAUGUUUGGUCACAUUUGAAGAAUUUGGCAAAAUCUUCGUCACCAGUCCGAGUGGAGGCUCAGGGUCUUUUGGUAAAUGAUGAUUUGGCUGAUAAAUUUAAAUUGGAUAUGAGGAAAUUUUCAAGGAAUUAUGAGCAUAGCUUGUUCUUUGAUGAAUAUAAUUUUGGAACUGCAACUGACGCUAAUUUAAUAUUCGGAACUGAAUCGUAUCUCCCACGUAUGGCAACAUUGAAUUUUACUGCUGAUCUUUUUGGACAGUCGGUAAAUUUCUUUGAAAUUUCUGCACGCGCUGAGGGUUUUGAGGAACUAGCAACGUCAAUAUUUGGACCCAAGGGUCCAUAUAAUAAAGAUUUUCUGAGAAAACAAUUUUCAUUUUUGACAACAUGGUUGGGUGAAAAUACUGCAAUUAAUGAAGAUUCUAUUGACAACUUAUUGGCUUUUGACCCCUUAAGAAUCAAACGAAGUACAACUGAUUUUAAUGAUAAUGAAGAUUACCAAUUUGAAGAGGAAGACGAAAGUAGUAGCAGUCGAAAACGUCGCAGUACUGAAUCGACAGAAACUAUUCAAAAUAAUAUUGAAAAUUUGGGUUAUAAACUUAAUUACAAUUACAACAACCCUAAGGCCACACUUGGACUUCGAAUUUUUGGAAAUGACUUGCAAUUCUAUUCAAUUGAAGGUCUUAUUGAAGUGAUGGCAUUGGCUAAGGAGUUUGAUCCAUUCCAUCAAGCUGCAAAAAUUCUCUCUGGCAACGAGCUAAAGUAUACCAAGUCAAGUGUAUUUCUAGAUGCAUCAUAUAAUAUCCCAACGGAAAUAGGGUUACCUCUUUCGAUUCAUGCAUUUGGAGCUUCAUCCGUUGAUUUGAGACUUUCGGGAAGUUUGGAACGUCUCAGAGACUCUUUGGACUACAAGAGUUUUGAUUUUAAUGGCAAAAUCAAGCCAAGUGUGUCAGUUGAUGUUAUCACGACAUUACAAACUGAUGCCUUCUAUGCUUUGUCUGGAAUAAGAGUCAAAAGUAAUUUAUACUCCAGCUCAGCUCUCGAGGCUAAGAUGAAGAUUCGUGGUGCAAAUUUGGUUUCCUUUACAUUCAGCUUGCCACAGGAUAAAAAUGAAAUAUUCAGUGCACGAUCCGAAAUGAUUGUUAUGAAAGAAUCUGAAGAAAUUCCUCAAGUUGGUAUCGAGAAGAGACGCUCGAAUACAACUUGCACAUGGCCAGUUCUAGAUCAAGCCAUAGGUUUAAAAGUAUGUUCAUCGUUUAGUGUACCCGAUUUAGUGGUAGAUUCGGCCAAUGUCACCAAUCAUCCAAGCCUUCUGCUAAGUGGACCCAUGAAUAUAAGUUGGAUUCUUGAGAAAUCCGAUCUUAGUGCGAAAGAAUUUGUUUUUGAGUACAAAUGGACUCAGGUGAAAAAUGACUCCAAAUGGUCUUUAAUAUUCACCACACCACAUUCCACCAUAACUCGACUAUUUAUGGCAAAUGUAUCAACAACUCCUGAAGCUGCUAAUGCAUCGCUGCGAUUCAUAAAUGGUGCCCAAACAUACUCAGCUGGAGGAGUUUAUAAUGGCAAUCCGGCUGAUCGAAGUCUUGACAUUUGGAUCGAUACAAAUGGUAGGAAAAAUUUGAAUUUUAAUGCCGAAAUUAAGAGAAGCCAAGAAAGAAAUGCAUGGAUUUAUAAGCCAAAGGCUUUGUUGUCGGUGAAUGGAGAGAAUAUAACGGGAUUAUUGGGAACUAUUAGAAUCAAUGAGAAGAAUGGAAUAUCUCAGAAUGAUAUCGAAUUGACAUUUGAAACGAAAAAGCUUCAAGCUUGGAUAAGGGGUAAUGUGGUGAAAACGGAAAUUAAUACCUCGACUAAUAUGACAGUUCGAUAUAGGUUCGAAUCGAAAAAAAUUGAAACCGUUAACUUCGAAGGCAAACUCACCAACACUGGCGAUAAAUCAAAAACUGAAUACAAUGGCAACGUAAAACUUCGAACAUCAGCUCAUCCAAAACUGAAUUUCGCCUCAAAUGCAACAUGGCUAUCAUUACAAGGCCAUACCGAAGGUGUUGUAACUUACAACAAUGUCCCAGAUGCCAUCAAUCCAAAUCAAACAAGUCAAUUGCGACUGGUAUUUGCUCGUUCAUUUUCCGAAGAAUUCGGUUGGGAAGGUUCAAGAACUAAAGCUUCAUUGGAACUUUUUAUGCCAAAAUCAAAUAUUGAUUUUCGUAUUUUAGUUAAACAUGAAGAACGCAGUAAAAAUGGAACAGAACACAAUGUUAUUAUUGGACUUCGUUAUGCUCCACAGAAAGAAGCUACCGGAGUUUUUUCAGCUCAUUUUCCGCGACGUAAUUUAUUUGCUGUCGAUGCUUAUAUGAACCUUACGGUUCCCGAAUUUAAUUCUUGCACUGUUCGAUUACAACUUAAUGAGAGAGUCAAGGAAAAUUAUAUGAUAAACUUUAACGGUACUUGGUUUUCGGGACAUUCAAUUUCAAUCAAAGGUAAUUAUAAGGACAAAAGUUCUGCUUUACAAAUACUUCAUCAACUCAAAUUACUGGUGGAAAGUCCAUCGUUUGAAGUGACCUCAUUUAAUAUGAUCUUUCGACGUAGUCAACUUGUUAUUAUUGCUGAUAUACAAGCUAAAUAUAAUAAAGACCCUUAUGGGCUUUCAUUGCAAUACAAUCGUAAUGAAAAUCAAACUAACUCUAAUGCUGAGGUUAAGUUGAAAAUUAAAGAUCGAGAAUAUGGAAUAGCUGCUAAGUUACUAUCACAACAACCUAAACUUUUGCAGAUAGAGAUACAUCUGGACAAACUUCGUGACAUACACCUGAAGGUGGGAGUUUUGACAGUUGCGAAACAGAAAGAACUCUCUGUCGAAUUGAAAUGGGAUGCCAAUAGGGACCCCUCACAGAGAUUGGCCUUGAAUGCUGAAUAUAACAACCCUGCUAAUAGGACCUAUGAUUCCACCAUAAUGUUCACCUAUCCUGAUCGAACUUUUAGCUGUGGAUUUAAUAUCUUUGCUGGGGGACCGAAAUAUUAUGGUUCAGCAAGAGCAACUUGGGGUACUAACGAUGUGAUUCUUUUCAAUUACGACGCUGGAUUCUUUAGCGGAAAAGAAUUUAACAACUGGAUUCGAGCUGAGCUGUCAACACCAUUCCAGGGAUGGUAUAAAAACAGUCUUAAAGCUGGAGUUUUCAAUCGAGAUAAUCUUUAUCUGGGAAAUGCUUCAUUACUUUGGGCUGAAAAUCAAAACCUUCAAAUCGGCUAUGAAAGUAACUAUGAAGUUGCCGAACCUCUUCUAAGUUUCCAUGUUGAAUUGGGAGUUAAUAGUACUAUUAAAGACAUUCCAACCAUAAAAAUGAAAGUCAAACAUCGACAAGAUUUGAAAAAGUUCGACUCGGAACUUGAUUUUCGACACACUGAUGUCAAUGAUACUGAAAUACUAAAGAUCUACAGUGUCCGAUCGGUUUGGGAAGUUUUGAAAACCGGGGGCUAUCAUAAUGUAAGUGGUUCGGUAUUGAUGGUAAGUCCAUUCAAUGGCUAUCGAAAAGGUGGACUUGCCACUAAGCUUAGUCUAAGUGAUGAUCGUCAUGUUCAAGGUGUAGCUUCAUUGAACUUUGACAUUCGAGAAUUUACCCUAGCUUUGGAUGGUUAUGUGAGGAAAUUUACCGAUAGCAUGCUAGAAGUUAAUAUUACUACACCUUUGGAAAAGUUCCGCACAAUCAAUGGUCGAUUUGGUCUGAGCGAACAAAAACGUCAUGCGGUAGCUGAAGUUCGUUCAGGAAAUUUAGCUUUAGGAGCUGAAAUUCUAUUUGUUGUCAAUGCAUUUUCAGACUUUGAUGUAAAAUUGAGUCUGGCAACUCCGAUUGAAAAUUUCAAUCAGUUGAGUUUCAUUGGAAAAGUCAAGCCAAUCACUGUUGAUCUUCGUGGAAGUCUGAAUAAUUCAACAUUAGGUUUUACCGGGGUCUGGAGAUUCCACAAUGCUACAGAUUUUGAGUAUUCAUAUCAAGUUUAUACCCCAUUCCAAGGCUUUGAACAUAACGGAUUUGUGUUGAAAUUUAUAAAAACUGAUAUAUUUGUACUAGAAGCACAUGGAAAACUGUCAAAACACAAAUUGGGUGUAAAGAUCAAUGGAAGAUCAAAAUCAAAGCUUUUAACAUUGAUAAGUCCGAAUAAGUUAGAUCUUGAAUUAUUCUACGAUGAAGAUUUAAGACCUCAAAGCCAUGAUGAUGAUGAAGAGGAUUACGAUGAAGAAGAAUAUGAUUUGAGUGAAUAUUUUUCAUAUUUUGUCGAAGGUGAAGUUGACACCUUGACAUGGCCAACUAUUAAGGGUCAAGUUGAUAUUCAAGAAAUCUAUGAUUAUUAUAUUAUUGUUGGUGAUGCUAAUUUACCAGCUGGUCGGGUAGAUUUUAAAGAUCGUCUGUAUUACCCAGAUAUGAUGAAUGUUAAAAAUAUUUUAAAUCUUUGGACCCCAUUUGAAUCUUGUCGAAAUUUAAAGAACAUAUUUGAAUAUCAUGUAGAUUUGGAUCGAUAUUUUGUAGAAAAGGUUGAUUUUGCUAUCGAUAAUGGAGGCAAUUCGAAACCAACAGAAUUUGGUUUUAUGGUAAAUUAUACAAAAGUUUUGGAGGAGAAAUUGGUUAAACAACAUGAAAUGGCUUUAAGAGUUAAGACCCCAUAUGAUAUUUUGAAAGAAAUUGAAGUUGAAGCUGUAUUGGAGUUGGAUGAUAAUAUUCGAAGGGGAAAUAUAACAUCAAGAACUCCUAGUACAACAUUGUCGUUAGCUGCAUCGGUUGAGAUUGAGGAGAACUUUUUGGAGACUUCAGUGGGCUUCAAUUUAGAUUCUGAUGUGGUUCCUUUCUAUGGUUGCAGAGCUUAUAUUAAGAAAGACUUUUCUGAUGUUGAUAACUCUUUGGACCUCCAAUUUGAAGUCAAUGAUAAUGGCACUAUUAAUUUGGUUAAACUCGAAACAGUUUGGCAUCUUAAUCAAGAAAACAUCAUCAAUGCUAAGGGUAAACUUCACACCAGUAUGCUACCGCUUAAACUAGCUGAGACCUCUAUACUCAUAACCAAGGGUCCAAAUCCCAAUUUCAAUAUGGACUUUGCCAUGGUUCAUCGUGAGGGUCAGCGUAUUGAAUACGGUUCGAGAGCAAGUAAAAAAAAAGAUGUUAUCAAUAUUGAACUUUGGACCCCAAUGAAGAAUUUCAAAAAUGUUUCAUUGCAUGGAACUUUUGUACGCAAUCAAGCUAAGCCUAACGAAUACCUUGUGAAUGGGCAUUUGUAUCGAAAUAUGGCUGUCUUCAUAGUAAGUGGGACAGUUAAAAUGGCAGAAACCUAUCCCACACAAGCAAGGUUACGGGUCCAACCGAAAGCUGGUGGUCCGGAUGGUUUUAUUGAGUUGGAUGUCAAAAACGAUGAUGAUAAAUAUGGGAAGAGUUUCCAAUUUAGUGCAGUUGAAGAUGGCAAGAUGUGUCAAAUUUCAGGAGGCUAUACCUUCCGGAAUAAGUUUGAUUGGGACUUUGAUACUUUGAUUCAAUCGAGUGAGCCAGAAAUAUCACGAAUUAGUGUGAAUGGAAAGGCACAACCUAAAGGAGAGGGCUAUUUUAUUGGUGAAUUAGGCUUCCAAACCCCAUGGAGACAGUUCGGUCUUGAAUCGGGAAGUUUUGAAACUGGUGUUAAUGUUCAAAAAGACUCUGGCAAAAUCGAAGGACAAUACACCAUUGGUGAACUAAAAGUUGGAAAAGCUUUCACAUGGUCUUGGAUUUUUGCUCAAAAUAUGCAACUUCUUUUGGAGAGUUCCUCAAGCAAUGGCGUAACACAACCACGUAAAGCUGAAAUAAGUAUAAAAUACGUAAAUCCGAAUAAAAGUUUCCACAGACUUUUGACGGGUGGCAAAGUUAAUGUCGAUUCACAAUGGGUUCUCGAUGUAAACGGUACCUUGGCAUUUAUAUCGCGUGGAGACAUUCAAGCUGGUUUAGUUCUUCAGCUACCCAAACCAGUUGGGGAUAUACAUCAUCUUGGAGUACGUUAUCGUGGUAAUUUGAUGACCAAUGAACCACCAAAUGUAUUUGCUGAAAGUAAAUAUGAAUCACAAGAAGCUAUGAAUAAAUUCGUUACUCGAGUUUCGUAUAGAAAUGUUGAUGAUCUUCAGGGCUUGUGCAGUAUUAAAUGGGGUAAAAUGGCAAAUAUGUCAACAAUUGAAGGUGAUUUCCAAGUUUUGAGAAAGAAACAAGUUAGGAAGGAGUUUUAUGCAAAACUGACGACGCCAAUGUAUGAAGAAGAAACGCUGUUUGUGAGGGGAAAUUAUGAUGCAGAGAAAGAUUUUCAUCUUUUGAUGUGCACUCUUGAUUCACCAGCUUCGAAGAGACUUGGAGAAAUCGAUAUGGCUUUCAAUACUCUAUCAAACAUGAAGGGCUUCGUUAAUGGAACCCUACCCUUCUUCAAUAUUACAUGGCUUCGUGCUGAUAUUAAUUUCACAACAUCUGGUGGAGAAACAAUUCGUUACGCAAAAGCUACAUGGCCCGAAGACUCUGGUUUCUUCAACUUACACAGCACUUACACAUCACAAAAUCUCAACCGAGAUCUUCAAGGUUCAAUUCAGCUAGAAGUACCUUUAACCACACGCCAUCAAGCUAACAUCGAUUACAGUAUGAAAGAACGUGAACUCUUACAUAUCGGUCAAGCUAAUGUUAUUUACAAUGAGAAAAAUGUCCUCAAUGGUCGUUAUAACUGUAAAACCGAACAGCGAAUGGGUUUCGAAAAAGAUGUCAUCGAUAUAACUCUUGAAAAUGAACUUAAACCUCUUGGUAUUCAUUAUAUCCAUUCGAAACAGUAUACCAAUGCUGAGAUGCCAGAUAAUGAUAUGAAACAUUGGGAAAUAUUUGAGCUUAGAAAUUCAAAAACUAUGAAUCUAACUGGUGAAUUACAUGUUCGAACAACUGAUACAGGUCAAGAAUUUAAAAUUGUUGCCAUUCAUCCAAAUCGAACGAUUAUUAUAAAUUCUGAGUAUGAUUAUUUGGAUAUGAUGACCAAACACAAGUCGAAACUUCAAUUGGCUCCUACAGCUUGGAUUGGUUAUAAUAUUGAGCUGGGAAAUUCUAGCACGGCUUCAAAUGAAUCUCAAAACUUUUUAUUGGAACUUUCUUAUCCACGAAGAAAUCUAUCAGCUGAAGGCUGGUAUUAUGUAACAAGUGAUCGAUUUGAUUCGGAUUUAUCCUUGAAAUGGACUAUUGAUCAAUCUGAAGAAAAGAAAACACUUCGAACAGGACUUCUUUGGCAAAGUGAGAAACUACAACAAGGUGAUAAGGAUAAUCAAAGUAUUGUUUUUACUAUUGGACAUCCUUAUCUUGAAAAGGAUGUACAAUUCAAAGGAUCAUUCUAUCGUGGAUUAGAAGAUUUGGUAAAGGCUAACUUAAUAGUUGAAUACUCAGAUGAUCCUGACCAUCUGUUAACUCUUGAAGCUCUUCUUAAAGAUCUUGGUACAAGAAAUUCUAUUACCAAUUACACUUUGGAUGUUGUAGUUCUUCAUCCAGCAAGUACUUUAAAUGUUAAUGUUCAUGGAAUAGCUAUGGCAAAGAGUUCUUACUACAAAGCCGAUACAAAUGCUUUUUAUCAACGUGGUUAUUUCCCAAUAAAGAAAGGUCGUUUCUUAGCUAAAUUGGAUUUGAAUAAUAAAGAAUUUGAAUAUGAGCGAAACACACCUUAUCGACAAAUUCGAUUAUGGGCAGUUCCAUACACAAAAUAUCCACUUUAUGGAUUGAAUGCUACAGUUUGGGAUUCUCCUGAUUUGAAUAAUACUGGAUUUGUCUAUGUUGAUUUGGCUAAGAAAUAUGCUAGAGCUGAAUUCAAUUUGACUGAAGAUUCAAGUCAAAAUUUACAAAUGAUUGGACAUAUUCCGGAUGCUCGAAGUGGAUUUUUAGAUAUUUGGAGAAAUUAUGAAGAAAUAAGAAUAAUUGAUGUUAGUUCGUAUUAUAAGAUGAAUCAUUCAAGACUGAUAACUGGAAAGUUUCAUUGGAGACCAAAGAUAAAGGAGGAACUGAAGGCUAAAUUCAAAUCAAUUGGAACAUCAUUCUAUACAUCAUUUUCCGAUGGAAUUGAUUUUUGGAUCAAAAAUAUGUACACCGAAACAUCAGAGUCUAUAAAUGAUGUUUGGAGUACAGCUAGUGUUCAUACUCAAUCAUUUUUAGAUGAUGUUGGAGAAUUAAGUGUUUUGGAACAAGAUUUAGAAGAAUUACGAGUUUUUGUAAAUCAAUCAUACGAAGCAAAUGACUUCUACAUCAAAACUUUUGUCAACUUUACAUUAUCGGUGUUGGACGAAUUGGCAAUUAGAGAUCAUAUUGAAUCACUACCAAAGAUAUUCACAGAAUUAUGGCAUGCUAUGGGUGAUUCGGGAAAAGCUUUAAGAAAAAAUAUUCUUUGGCUAAUCGAAACAAUCAAAACUUCUUAUCAAAAAGCUCUUGAAGCCAUAAGUAGAUUCUUCCAUGGUGAUUCUCUGCGAUACUUAUCUGAUCUAAUGGAAAAAGGUGUCGAAAAAUAUGACAAAUUCAUCAAAGACUUGCAUAUAUCAUUUAUAAAAUAUGUUGAGAAUUUAUGGAAUAAAAUAUCAACUAUGCUUGCUAACUAUUGGAAAUCGGUUCUAAAACGCAUCGAACCACAUGUGUUCCGAUUUUUGUCAUACAUUGAAACAGCUGCUUGGGAUAUUAGCAAGGAAAUUUUCGACUUUAUUUACAAACGUACCAACGAACUUGCUGAGUCUCCAUAUUUCAACAAAGUCUCCAGUUUCACACAAGACGUUGAUCGUCUCUACAAAGAUAUCAAAUCCAACGAUGCAAUAACUAACAUCAAGAAAUACUCAGUUAUCGCUUGGAAUUUCAUCAAGGAGAAAUAUUUCAAGCUUGUUCCGUUCGGCAAUGAACUUAACGAAAUUAUUACUGAAAUUGUAGACAAAAUCAAAGGUCUCCAAAAGCUGCAACACAUUCAAUUGAUAUUGCAGAAAUUUGACGAAAUCUUUGCCAAAAUCGAAUGGCUAGCUGAUGAGUUACAAUUGGAAUACCGUUUGCAUCAAUUGUAUGCAUUGAUACGUAAUAAACUUCAAACUUAUACUUUGAAUGCUCUCGAAACUGCUGAUAUGUAUCGAGAGGCAAAGACAUAUUUUGUCUUUGAUCCUGAAGUUGGUGUUAUAGAUUUGGAGCAGAAAUUACCAAUGUCAUGGCAUAGUUUUAACGAAACACCGAAAUUCGAAGAAAUACCCGAAUAUCGUAUGCUGGCUAAGGCACAGAAUUUCUUUGCAAGUACAAAUGCAUCGAUUGUUAGGUAUCUUUAUGGUUUAAAGUCGAAUUUAGAUCCGGAGACUUGGUUGCCGCCGUAUACAGAACGGUCUUUAUUGAUUGGUUCACGGCAUUAUAUGACUUUUGAUAAAAGUUUUGUUGGAUUAAACUUGGAAUGUGACGAAAGAGGUCAACAAUGUUCUUACGUCUUGGCUCAUGACUUUUUCCAAAGGAACUUUACUCUUCUUCUAGAGCCAUCGACAUCUUCCAGAAUUCCUACGAAAAAACUUACACUUUUAACGGAUGAUAAGGUCCUCGAAAUCAAUUUGGAGGAUGAUACUUUAACCAUAGAUGGCAACCAUUCCCCAAUGUUACCCAUGCAAUUUGGCUCGGUUACCAUCUACCGUGAAAUGGAUAUUUUGACAAUUCAUUCGAAAAAAGAUUUCAACUUAAAUUGUAACAUUCAAUUUAAUCUUUGUUGGUUUGAAGUUGCCGGCUGGUAUUUUGGUCAAACAGCUGGUCUGUUGGGAACACUUAAUAAUGAACCUUUCGAUGAGUACAUGACUUCAAGGAAUCAUGUUGUUAAUGACACAGAAGAAUUUACUGAUUCUUGGAGCUUACAAUCAUGCAAGCAGCGAAAGAUUUCGUCGAAAAUCAAGGCUUCUGAUGAAGUCUUGGAAGCUUGUGAGCAUAUUUUCACGUCGGGAAUUUUAUCAGCUUGUUCUGAUACUAUCAGUCCAUUGCCAUUUUUGGAAAUGUGUAAAGAUUUGGGAGUAAAUUCGAACUCAAUGAGGGAUCACAAUCCAGCUAUGAAGGGAGUUUGUACAGCUGCAUUGGCUUAUAUCGAAGCUUGUGCGAAUUCGAAGAUUCUAAUGAGAGUUCCAGAUCAAUGUAUAUUUUGUAAGCUUUUGAAUGGAACUUAUGUCCCAGAGGGAACAUUUAUUACUCUAAACAAGGAAGAUAUACCAAAAACUGCGGAUGUUGUAUUCAUUGUCGAAGCAAAGCCCUGUAAUGCUAAUUUGACAUUUGAAAAGAAUCUUAUGACAGUUGUGGCAUCACUGGAAGCUGAAUUUGCCGCAGCUAAAAUUAAUAACAACAGAUUUUCGGUUCUUGCAUUUGGAGGUUUUGAGCCAUUCAAUGUGCCCCGAUCAAUAAUUCAUCACAAUCAGGUCUUCACUUCUGAUAUAAAUGAACUUCAAAAGUAUUUCGAUCACAUUGAAGUUGGAAAUGGCAACAAUAGUGAUAUAUUAGCAGCAAUCAGUGCUGCCACUCAGCUUGAAUUCCGACCUGGUGCAUCAAAGGUUCUCAUUCUACUGUCAUGUUCUGAUUGUUCAUCAAAAGCAAUGAAGUUUGACUUUACAUCAAUCCUUCAAUAUAUGCUCGAAGAAGGUGUCAAUCUUCACAUACUCGCCGACACCGAAUUCGAAUUCGAAAGAACACGAAAAUUACGACAAUUUUUCGGAUUAGAUCGUGAUUUUGUUUAUUCGAAACGAUUUGUUGACGGUGAUGCAGCAACUCGAAAACAACUACACAUUCCCAAAGAUAAUUUAGGUUUAUGUGCACCAUUGGCAUUAGAAACCAAUGGAUCAGUUUUUUCAGCACGAAAACUUCAACCUGAACAUCGACAUCCAACUAAGAAAAUUGCAAGUAUAUUUGCAAAACGUGUGGCCAAGACAGCUGCGCCAAAUAAUUGUCAACAAUGUGAGUGUACGGGACAUGAUACUGGUGUGGCACAUUUGUCAUGUGCGCCAUGUUCAUUGCCAACACAUUCGGCUGUAGAGGAUUAUGACUUUCAAUUUAAUUGGGAAUGGGAUGAUGACAAAAUCGAUGAAGAGAUCUAACAUCUAAAUGUGAAAUGCUUAGAGAAUAAGAAACUAGAUUAAGAGUUGAAGAUGAAGGAAGAAGUUUUAUGAAAUAUUGUAAUUUCAGAUUUUUUGUACCUUUUUUCAAUAAAAAAAAAAAACAAAUUGUAAAAAGAAA